GCCUUGUGAUUGUUGAGUACAUAUCCCAAACCCUGCGGAAUAUUGAUGAUCUGUGAAAUAUUUUGUUUCAACAUUUGAAACUGCAAGACUAGAAGGAGUUUCUAUUGAUUGAGAUCCAGAGUUAAAGUUCGCCAUGAACAAGGAAGUACAGAGCAGGGAGUCAGGUUCUGCUCAGAGUCACAUUCCUUAACAAAUUCGCAUUCCAUUAUUCCUUAUCCAAUGAGUUAACAGAAUUCGAGUUAGGGGUUUUACUAACAGUUUAUAUUGAACAAAUCUCUCUGCCCCAAUUCCUCACCAGCUCCCGACAAGCUUCAACAAUGGCGACUUCUUCUUCUUCCCCUGCCAAAUCCAACGAAAAUUGGUCCCCGGAUUCGUUUUCCGAUUUUGCAAGGUUCGAGAGAGGUCCCAUUAGAGGCACCGGCGAGUUGCAGACCGCCAUUGUCAGUUACCGGAAGCGGUCCCCUGAGUCUACUAUCCAGGUUGAUUUGGUUUCCGCCUUCCACAUUGCUGACAUAGAGUCAAAGAGUAUUACUCGGCCCUCCAGAAAGAGCUCGAGUCUUACGACUGUGUCCUCUAUGAACUGGUGACCAGUGGAGAAAGUUCAGAUGUAGUGAAGAGAGGAAACCCAGAAACUGCUGCAAUGCGGCGGCUGAAUUGGAGAACAAUGUAGAGCUGUUUCGACCUUGUACUUGUAGAUUUCACUUUCCGUAUCAUGGCUCGAAUUCUAUCCCUCGAUUGCCAGGGGAAGUGUCUCGAUUACGAGGCGGAUAAUUGGUACCAUGCUGAUCUUGAUUACAAGACAUUCAAACGACUUCAGGUUCAGUGGUGGUUUCCAUCGGUUUGCCAUUCACACGUUCCAUUCAUUUCGAUUCGAUAUGGCUGUCUUAUGAACCUACUGUAUUUCACUCGCAGCAUGAAAAGGGUGAAAGCAUUUUGACAUUUGCAAUACCCUAGUCGACAGCUAAGCUGCUGAUCUGGGUGGCGUAUCUUAUGCUUCCGGUAUCCGUCUGCAUCAUUGCCUUUCAUCUCUACAAUGGGAGGAGUCCAGUUUCGUACUUCUCUGAACUAGCAGGUGCACUCUCCCGACUCGACUCUGAUGCUGCCAUCAAGAUCUCUCUUGCCAACCUUGCCUAACUGGAUCACCGCCUGGUCAAUAGAGAAAGCUUCAGGGUGGACAUUGCACCGUUGCCUAACUCUGGCAUUGCUCCUUGUGCUCGCAUUGUUCUCGUCGUUCGUUUCAGGGAUCUCCAGUUCUGGAAGAUCUUUCUCCGGUAUUCAGUCGAUUUCAUGUCCCGAAUUGCAGAUUAUGUUAGUCGAUGCCUGGUGUGAGAAUAAUCCAGCACCUCGUCUUCUUCUUCUUUUUUUUUUACUUUCUCGCAGAUUCUUGUCAGCGAUCGAUUUAUCCAAAUGCUUACUCAACUACAGUGAAUUCAUUUCAGGACACCCUGUUGAUAAAUUGUGAAAGGUUUU